AUGCAGCUCCUCGUGCUAGCCGCCCUGGUGGCCGUCGCCACCGCCGGAGCGCCCCUCGCCCACGGCAAAGUCGGCAUCGUCGCGCAGGACUACAUCGAGCCGCGGCCGUACCACUUCCAGUACGCCGUCGACGACCCCGACUACGGCCCCAUGAUGGCGCAGGCUGAGGAGUCCAACGGAAACGGACUCACCGAGGGCUACUACACCGUCAACCUGCCCGACGGCCGCACCCAGCACGUCAAGUACGUCGUGGACGGGUACAACGGCUUCAACGCCGAGGUCAGCUACGCCGGCCUGGCGGCCCACCCGCAGGUGCCCAAGGGUAUCGCUCAGCCCGUGUACGGAGGUCACGCCCUGAGGCCCAUCGUUGGCAAGGCCCUGGUCGCCAAGCCCGUCAUUAGCAAGGCUGUGGUCGCCAAGCCCCUCAUUGGUCUGCACUAG